UCUGUUUCAUUUGAUAAGAAGAACAAUGAAGUGCCUUUUAAUUUUCACAUUAGUGUGCUGCCUUUUGUCAAACGCCACCUGGGCUGCACCGCCAAAGAAGGGAGCACCUGUAAAAAAGGCAGAAGCGCCAAAGAAAGGAGAUGACAAUGAACUAAAUCCGACAAUAACUACGGGUUCUACCUACCUAUUGGGGAAAAUGUUUGGCGCAACUGGAGCAUUGGUUUCAGCCGGCGUUAUUCAAGCCGCAAAUGAUGGACUCAAAACAUAUCAAAGAACACAUAAUAUAAAUCAAGCAGUAUAUGACGCCGGAUGGCAUGGUCUGACUAGUGCUAAGGAUUUUAUGAAUACGGCUUCGAAAUGGGUCGGAACAACAGCUAGUAUUAUUAAUGAUGUUCACAAAGGAAAAGAUGUUAAAUCAUCAUUUAUUGAACAGACUCAAAAUACUGCUAAAUACCUUAAAUCUGAAAUUGAAAAAGAUCCGAAUGGCAAGGUGGCCAAAUCACUUAUAGCUGGAUCGAACGUGUUUUUAACCUGGACUAUAGGACCGAUUCCUGCUUGGGUUGCUGCGGCUGGAGCUAAAGCUGCCUCAGAGGGAGCCCAACAUUACAAAGAAACGAAAGACGUAUUUGGAGCACUUAAGGUUGCAGCUGCUUCGGGUCGUGAAAGUGCCUUGUAUCUCAUAACUACUGUGAAAACUUUAGUCACUGGUGGCACAGGAAUGGUAAAAGACAUUGUGAAUGGAAAAGACGCUAAAAGUGCAAUUACACAACGAGCUGAUCAAGCUUUGAAAAAUUUUCAGAAAAAAUAAGAUGGCAAGUUGCACGAAUCAGAAAGAUUGAUCUUGAAUGAUCUUCAUGAUUCAUGACCAUCUAUAUUAGGGAUUGAAGUAUCAAAGUUUAGUUGAUUUAUUUUUUAAUGAAAACUCAAUAAAUAAUGAAUCAAACCAAA